UCGACAACGUUAUUCUAGACACGUGGAACCAGGCUGCAAAUGGCCGCGAAGCGUUGACAAUCUGCGCAGGGUUACCGCUCUGCAAAAGCUUCAGCCGUGUGGGCAGCUCUCCGAAAACGGCGACGAGCGGCCUAGCGCCUCCAAGAACCUCGCCCUUCUCGCGAGACUCCGAACGUCCCAGGGGGAGGCGGCCGUCAUGCUGCGCAAGCUCUCCCUCCACGGCGCCAUGUCCAAGCCGCGAGGCGGCGACGAGAGUUCGCGCACCAGCGCCAGAGUCAGGGUGCAGAAGUCGCUGCGCCAAGGCGGCAGAGGAAAGGCGGCGGCCACCGCCACUUCUUCGCUGCUCAGCCAGGGCGUCACAGCGCCACGGGACCUCGACGACCUCAUCGCCGAGGACGGCAGCGAAGAUUUCAGCCAGAUCGCUUCUCUCCUACAGACGUUCUCGUCGCUAAGCAACCAAGGAAAGAAGUUGCAAACCACCGGUCAGCGCAGAGCCCAGGGAUCGAUGGUGCUUCCCGACAUUCCCGAGAAAAUCUCCCUGGAGGACUGGUCCGUCAAGGCCUGCUGCAUCGAGGAUAUCGUGUACCCUAGCUCCCAAAACUGGUCCUACCUGACCAACUCGGCCAUCACGACCUUCACGGAUCAGACCUCGAGGGCGGGCGGCAGUGAUAGCACCCUGUUCGACUCGUCGCUCACCGACUCCAGCUCGACGCUGUCCGUCGACACCGAGUUGGGCGGCCAGCCGGGCGAACCCCGUCGUAGCCAGCGCCGCGAGGCCAGAGCCGCUGGGCUCCGCUGCCGGCGCAACGAAAAUCCCGACAUCGUGGUGCUCCUGGGCGCAACGAGGUUCCCGUGCCACCGUUCUCUGCUUUCCGUGCACUCGCGGUACUUCCAGGAGAUCCUCGCGGCUAAUCCCCAGACCCAGAAGUUGGAACUACAAGGAGUGUCCGGCGACGCCUUCCACGCACUACUCGACUACAUGUACUCUGGGAAACUGCACCUGACCUGCCAAAACAUCGGGAAGCUGUACGUUACCGCUAGCAUCCUCAAAAUAGCCAGCGUCAAGAAGAAGUGUGCAAGGAUCCUGACCAAGUCUCCGUACGACCCAAAGCACGCGGUGUACGUCUACGUUACGGCGCGCAAGUACGGCUUGGCGUCGGUGUGCAAGCGGGCCCUCAAGCUGCUACACCACCGACUGGAAGAGACGGUCACGUGCAAGCCGUUCCUCGACCUGGACGUCAACCAGGUGUGCGAGGUGCUCUCGGGAAACACCGUUGGCGCCAGAGGUGAGAUGGUGAUGUUCUUGGCGGCGCUGCACUGGCUCAACCACAACUACCUGGAGAACGAGCCGUACGUGCUGAAGGUGAUGCAGUGUGUGCGCUUCGGCACCAUGAGCAUCGAGGAGCUGCUGUGCUGCCUGCACCCGCCGCUCCUGCCCGGCAUCAUGGAGGUGCACGAGGUGCGCGCCCAUAUCCUGGCUGCCCUCUGCUACAAGGUUGCGGCUAUGUACAACCAGCAGCACCUAUUCCCCGCGCCACAGCUCAAGGCGCGGUACUUCAAGCUGGAUGGACCAAUCACGCUGUGGGACCUCAACUUAUUCAGCACAAUCAAGAAUCCGCCCGCAGCAGCGCCUCCUGUCGCGUAUCCGAAGUACCUCAACGAUGCAAGCGCCAACAUCCUUCGGAAAGCACCGCCGCUCACCAUACAGUUUCCAGCGCAGCGGGAGCCCGUGUUCCACGGCGAUCCCUUGGCCGACUACCUGCUCCGCAACCGGGCCGAGAUCCCGCUGUCGGUGUGGAGCGACGACCCGUACGAGGGCCUCGGCGCCUGCGGCUCGGGAGCACACGCGCGCGACCCUCGCUCGCCGGUGUUGCUCGUCGUGGGUGGUUUCGACCCGGACGCACCAGGCGACACCGCCGUCGGUACCAAGAUUCUUCGGUAUCACGUUGAAAAAAAUGUCUGGGAAAAGUUAGAAAGCUUUCCGAUGCCCCGGCAUCACCACUGUGCUGUGCUGCAUAGAGACAAAUUGUACAUCACAGGAGGCUACGAUAACUACCAGACGACACAGUCGAAUCUGGAGCCGACCAGCGUGUGCUUCUCGUACGAUCUCACGAAGAAGCUAUGGCAGCCGCUACCCAACAUGGCGCGCAGCAGGGCGUACCACGCCGCUGCCUGCUUCGACGGCACGCUCUUCGUAGUUGGGGGCCGGAGCUCAAACGGAGAGAUCCUCUCCUCGGUGGAGGCGUUGUGCCUGGAAGAACGGCGCCAAUGGCAGGAGCUGCCGUGCCGCCUGUGCAGGCCUCGCAUGGCCGCAGGCAGCACGCAGAUGGGCGGCCACCUCUGGCUCGCCGGCGGCCUCACCGACUCCCGAGCGGGACUCGUGGUCAUCUCGGACGUCGACUGCUUCGACCCGAGCAGCUGCGAGUUCUGCUUCCACGUGAGCUUCCUUCCGACUCCCCGAUGCUUCUUCUCGCUGGUGGCGGUGGACGGCAAGCUGUUCGCGCUGGGCGGCUGCUCGGUGAAGGACAACGAGCUGGACAGCCUGGGAGACGUAUGGUCGUGCCUGGAUCACUGUUGGGAGCGGAGAGGCACCUUCGACCAGGGAUACCACGACGUAGGCACCGUCGCCUACGGCGACAGCGUCUUCAUGGUGGGCGGCCUGUCGUCGGACACCAAGUCGGGCAUCCGUGCCGUCUCCUGCUACCGCACCGCGCUCAACACCUUCACGCCCAGCCUGGCUCCCUUGCCCCGAGCGCUGUGCGGAGCCGCCGUGGUCGCGCUGCCUCCCAUGGAACUCGGAGUGGCCGACUCCACUGGCGGGGACUGCAAGCGUUGGGCGACCAACCCCCGGGCCGGCGGUGGGGGCUCCGACGUCGAGAGCGAGCCCUUCCCCAACGUGGGCCGAUGCACACGGGUGGCACCUGUGACGGACACCGGGCGCAGCUCGCCUGCCGGUUCUCCGCCUCCACGCCGCGCACGGCCCGGACCACCGCCUAACCAGGGGGACCCCUGGGUCACGUGGCGCCGUGCCAGCGCAGAACGCCCGUCGUCGUUCGUCAGUGAACCCACCGCCGCUGCAGCGCCGGCCGAACGAGCACAGCAAACCCAGCAGUCGCCGCCGCGCUGCGCCCAUUCCGAGUACAGAAGACUCGAGGCCAACAAGUAGACUCCCGACCGUGGUUCCACGUGCAUACCACGCUAUAGUGCGUCGCUGAAUGGCAUUCUCCUUUAUUUUACUUUUUUUCUGUUAGCCCUUCUGUGAUUGCUCGGGAGUGAGCACGAAAACCGAACUACAGGAGUGGUGGAGUGUUCAAUUCAAUAAACAACGUGUGCAGCA